CAACUAGUACAGUAUCUGGUACAGCGAGUAUGGUUCCUCACUACCACGACCAUGUCAGAGAUAUCUCCCCCCGAUCCUGUUGAUGGAGAGCAGACCAUGUUGAUCCUCGUCGGUCUUGUUGCAUCGGGGAAAUCAACCUUCGCUGAAGCCCUUGAAAGGCAUUUCCCAAGGUUUCGCCGUUGCAAUCAAGAUGAUUUAGGCAAUAGGCAGCUUGUGGAGGAGCUUGCUCAUCAGACUCUUCAAGAAGGCUUGUCUCCGUGCAUCGACCGCACCAACUUCAAUGCUAUACAGCGCUCCUACUGGACGAAUAUCGCGCGUUCGUUUCCUCGAACCACUAUAAGCAUUAUUGUCUUUGAUACCCCCUAUCAUGUCUGCGCUUCUCGCCUUCAACACCGAACGUCACAUCCCACAAUCAACGAUGCCCAACAGGGCUUGGUCAUCUUGGCCAGAUUCGCAUCACAAUUUCGGCCUCCGUCUCCUGACGAAGACUACGACCAUAUCCUUUAUCUGAAACCCUCUGAUCUCCCGAGUCCAGAGUAUACUCGCGAUGUCAUUUUAUCAAUACUAUCCCGUCUUAGAGCGUCAGCCGGGCAGACAGGAAGAGCUGUUCAGCCACACAUAUCUUAUUUUGCGACUAGGGGACCACAUAGUAUCUCUCGCGGGGGCCCAACACGUGGCUAUCGGGCGUUACAUGGUGACCGAGGCUCCUGGAGACGAUCAAGCCAAUCGCGUCCAUUUUACAGCUACUGGAUCCCAGGAAUCGGGUCCUCAGGGUCUACGGCCAGUUCAGGAUCGCACUUCUCAGCGCGGCAACAGCUCCACCACCAGGGGUUGAUCGCGUCCGAAACCAGAGGAGUUCAGAGUGGGCUAGCCUUGGUGACGGUAUUCCGGGUGUGAACUCAUGAUCAUUCUAUGUGAUGACUGUUUGGUUUUGUGAACUGCUACGCCCUCCUUACGAUCUGUGCCUAAUGAAUGUUUGGCUUUUUCCCGUUGCUGAGUCACACAGGCGUGGGGCUGGUUGCGGUGUGGAUGAGAAGUACAAUGACUAAGACUAUUAGCGAAUUCCAUGGUCCGAAAGCUGACGGUAACAACGUUGCUCUUCCCUUUCGGUGAAGACAUACAGUUGCGCAAUAAGCGUGGGGUUGGGUCUGCCACUCCACGUGUACCGCGGGGAACAAGUGACUCAGGGGUUCGGGGUCAUGAAUCCGGUUUCUUCGGUAGGUCUGGCUCUCCUUGCCGGUCUGAUUCCUGAACCGCUUUCAGCUUCUUGCCUAGAAUCUUUGCGCUAAC